CGAUUUUUGGAACAGAACUCUGCAGUGAAGUAUGGGAGGUUUGACGUGGAUUGCUGCCGUGCUUGGGCAGAUUGCCUCGAGGGAUGGUCGUAAGGCGACGAUGAACGUGGACGAUAGCAACGACCACAGAAUGGGAGUCGGAGUCGGAGUCGGAGUCGGGACUAUUGACGGAGGAGACCGGGCGGACCGGGUGGGAGUGGUCGCCGACCCCGUAAUGGAGUGGGAAGGGGGGUCAGCACAAGAAUUUUGGGGGGGGCAGAGUUCUACCCCCUGCGGCUCCUCCUCCAAUGGGUGGAGAUCGCCGGCAGCAGCAUCUGAUCUUGAGUCCGCCGGCGCGCAUUACCGAUCCAACGGCGGCGGAACGUGCGCGCUGCCGAUCUUCGCGGCCACUGCAAAAUCCCGUAUUUCUCCGCGCAUUCUGACGCAGGAUGAGCGGGUGAAGUCUGAAGUCGAGCGAGUAAGGAAGACAACGCGGGCGAUUCAUCCGCAGGACGGCCGAUUAUGCAUCUGGCGAUCGUUCUUGCUGAUUCCCCUGUGGUACUCCGUGGUCUGCAUUCCGUUCGCUGUGGGUUUUCUAGACAAGAUCGACUGGCAGUUUGCUGUGUACGACUCUGUGUUUGACUCUCUGUUUAUCGCUGAUAUGGUUUUGACCUUCUUCGUCGCUGUCAAGGACGAGAAAACGAGGGAGUUGCUGACAGAUCGCUCCCAAAUCGCGAUACGCUACAUAACGUCGGUAAGAUUCUGGUUGGAUUUGCUUUCGUCGAUUCCAUGGGAAGGGAUUUUCUGCCUCUGCAAAGGCGGAAAACCGGUGACCGGCGGCGUUGUAAUCGCCAUCAUCCGAGUGCUCGCCUUGUUGAGGUUGUAUCGUGCGCCUGAAGUGUUCGAUACCUGGACUCAGAUGGAAAACGACGUUCGGUUUAAUUACGCGAUUGUCCGAGUGUCUCGGCUUUUUGCUGUGGUCAUGCUGACAGCGCACAUGGCUGGAUGCGGGUUCCACUUGCUUGUCUUGGUAAAGUCUGAACACGACCGCGAGAACACCUGGAUCGUACAGGCAAUUCCGAAUUAUGCCGAACAGCCGACCAGGUUCAAGUACCUUUGCUCGAUUUACUGGGCGAUUCUGACGCUAUCGAGUAUCGGUUAUGGCGAUUUCCUUCCUUCCAACUCCGAGGAGCGAAUCUUCGCGGCGCUGUACGCUAUCAUCAGCAUGUUUAUGCUUUCGUACGCUCUGGGCAGUAUGACAGAUCUUUUGGUCAAGGGAAGAAACACCCUGGAGCUGCACAACAAACUGGGGGAACUCCGUGCUUUCGCCGCGCAGGAGAAACUGCCUUAUGACGUGGAACAGCAGCUGAGAGGCGAGCUGAUCACGACCUGCAGGACCGCGAAGGAGAAGAGGCACAUCUUGGACGACUUUCCGCGGCACGUGCGGGUCUCCGUCGUCCGCCAUCUCUAUCAGGCGGCGGUGGAUGGGAGCGAGCUCUUCAAGAACUGCUCCGAGUUGUUCAAGGCGCAAGUGGCAGCGCAUUUGCAGCCGGAAUUUUUCCGCGUCGAUUGUGUCGUCUUGAUGCAAGGGGACGUGACUGGUGACAUGUAUUUAGUCUUAGAUGGUUGCCUAAUUAGGGAAGCGAAGUCGAGUACAGGUAGACGGGACCCAGUAGCGAUGCUCCAUCCCGGCGACAUUUUUGGUAAAGUAGCUAUGCUUUGUAACGUACCUCAGACGCUCACAGUUAGGACUCUUUCGCCUUGUCGUCUUCUGCGAAUAGACAAGGAAUCGUUCUUGAGACUUCUUCACGCUUAUCCGACGGACAGCCGACAAGUUUUGAGCAAUCUGUUGGAACGGAUGACAGCCAGGUCACCAGGCGAAGAGGUAGCCGGGGACAACCGGCGUCUCGCAGUCGAAAUCACGUCUCUCAUCGCGAGGCACGACGAGGAGAUCACGACCGCCCUUUGCAAAGCCGCAUCGAGGGGUGACGUUCUCUUCUUGCAGGAGCACCUCCGCGCCGUCUACUCUCCUGAUGUCGCCAACUACGACGGCCGCACGCCGAUGCAUCUUGCAGCCGCCAGCGGUAAUGAAGCGUGUGUCAAAUUGCUAAUCAAGGAAGGCGCGUCGGUCCAUGUCGUCGAUAGCUUUGGACACACUCCUCUGUUUGAGGCGGUCACUCGGAAUCAUCGUGGAACUAUCAGAGUUCUGAGAGAGAAGGGCGCCACGCUGACGCUUCCCUAUCCGGGCAACACACUGUGCGAGGCGGUGGGGUCAGGCAACCUCGUGUACUUGGAGAAUCUGCUGGAAAACGGGGCGGACGCAAGCGCGCUCGACUACGGCGGGCGGACAGCGCUGCAUGUGGCGUGCUCGUCUUGCCAGCUGCCUGCCGUAAGGCUGCUGCUCAAGCAUGGGGCCAGGCUCGACAUCUGCGAUUUCGACGGCCGCACGCCUUACGAUGUUGCCCUCCGGUGUGGAGACCAGCAGGUCGUCCAAGCUCUCAAAGCGCACGGGAUGGAGUGUGACCAAAGGUAGGAACGUUCUGAUCAGCCUUCUCCUUCUCCAGGGAGAGCGCGUAGACUGUCGCUCUGGGGCCCCAGUGUCGGUCGAUGAUGUCAGUCAGAGCUUCACAAGACGAUCCCUCGGCGCCAAGCCAGCAAGCCGCAUUGCAGUUUUUUUUUUUUUUUUUUUUUUUUUUUUUUUUUUUGAAACAGGUCGUUAGGAUAACCUAUCCCUGGUUGUAUUUGAUUCGAUUCGUAGAGAAGUUUCAAUUAGAAGCAGCUUGUCUUUGGUUUUGCUUUAAAGUUGUCUUUUUUCGUCAAUGCCCUUUUCGUCAAUAGCCCUUUUCGUCAAAUGCCCUUCAUGACUUGAUCAGCUUUCCCCUUUCGUCUCCUAUUUACAUCUCAUCUUUUGCUGCCAAUCUCGUGGCGUUGUCCUUGUCAUAUACCUGCGAGUGCGUUGAAUGGCUUGACUAUGGUUCUUGCUUCGGUCACUAUUUCGAAGUAUCUGUGAAGUAAAGACGUUAUUGACGA